AUGAAAGCUGUCCUCAUAUUAGGAUUGAUGAUUUUUGGAAUCACUGCAGUAGAAUUGGAAUCAGGAGUCCCAAUUUUGCUUAAAGAAAUUAAAGCAAUAAAAACAGAGCAUACAGAGUUUACAUUCUUACUCGAUUUGGAACUCAGUUAAGGAGGAAAGGUUUCUGAAGUGGUUUCAUUAGUUGGAGAUUUAUUAGAGUAAAUGAAGAGAGAUCAACUUAAUGAUGAUCUUGAAUAUGCCCAUAGAACAACAACUCUCGGAUUAGACAUUGAAUGGUUGAUUAUUGUAUUAAGAAAUCUUACAAAGGAGAGACAAGACAAAAAUAAUUAAUUAAGUGAAUUAAAUCAAAUUCUUGUUGGUUUACAAUAAUAAUUGGAUGCCACUCACUGA